CGUCACUACAGAUCUACUCAGCCGCAGAGGCUGCUGGGAGCAGCUCGCCGGAGACAUUUUGGAUUUAAAGGGGCUGAGCUAGCCGUCAGUCCUAGCUCUCGGUUUCCCUGGGCUACGUAGAAGAUGUCCACCAUGGUGUAUCCACGGGAAGAGAAGCUCGAGAAGCUUUCUCAGGAGGAGAUCAUCUCCAACACGAAGCUAGUGAUCCAGGGUUUGGAGGCCCUGAAGAACGAGCACAACUCCAUCCUCCACAGCCUCUUGGAGACCAUCAAGUGCCUAAAGAAGGAUGAAGAGGCCAACCUGGUGCACGAGAAGUCCAACCUGCUCCGCAAGUCAGUGGAGAUGAUUGAACUGGGCCUGGGAGAAGCACAGGUGAUGAUGGCUCUGUCCAACCACCUGAAUGCGGUGGAGUCAGAGAAGCAGAAGCUGCGUGCACAGGUGAGGAGGCUUUGCCAGGAAAACCAGUGGCUGCGGGACGAGCUGGCCAACACCCAGCAGAAGCUGCAGAAGAGCGAGCAGAGCGUGGCCCAGCUGGAGGAGGAGAAGAAGCACCUGGAGUUCAUGAACCAGCUCAAAAAAUACGAUGAAGAUGUCUCACCCACUCAGGAGGAGAAGGACAGAGAAACACCAAAGGACUCCCUGGAUGACCUCUUCCCCAAUGAUGAAGAGGAGCAUGGCCAAGGAAUGCAGCACCAACACAACAGUGCGGCUGUGGCUGCAGCCCAGCAGGGAGGCUACGAGAUCCCAGCCCGUCUGAGAACCCUGCACAAUCUGGUGAUCCAGUAUGCCUCCCAGGGCAGGUACGAGGUGGCCGUCCCCCUUUGCAAGCAAGCUUUGGAGGACCUGGAGAAGACCUCUGGACAUGACCACCCUGACGUGGCCACCAUGCUCAACAUCCUGGCCUUGGUCUAUAGGGAUCAAAACAAAUACAAAGAGGCAGCCCAUCUGCUCAACGAUGCUCUGUCCAUCCGUGAGAAAACCCUCGGCAAAGACCAUCCUGCUGUUGCUGCAACGCUGAACAAUUUGGCUGUGCUGUAUGGAAAGAGGGGGAAGUACAAGGAGGCCGAGCCUCUGUGUAAGAGGGCUCUGGAGAUCAGAGAAAAGGUCCUGGGGAAGGACCACCCAGAUGUGGCCAAACAGCUUAACAACCUGGCUCUGCUGUGUCAGAACCAAGGCAAGUAUGAGGAGGUAGAGUACUACUACUGCCGUGCCCUGGAGAUCUACGAGUGCAGGCUGGGCCCAGAUGAUCCCAACGUGGCCAAAACCAAGAACAACCUGGCAUCCUGCUUUCUCAAACAGGGGAAAUACAAGGAGGCUGAGAUUCUGUACAAAGAGAUUCUGACUCGUGCUCAUGAGAAAGAGUUUGGAUCUGUUGAUGCUGAGAACAAGCCCAUCUGGAUGCAUGCAGAGGAAAGAGAGGAGAUGAGUAAGGGCAAGCACAGAGACAACACUCCAUACGGAGAGUACGGAGGCUGGUACAAGGCCUGUAAAGUCAACAGCCCUACAGUGAACACAACCCUGAGGAACCUGGGGGCCCUGUACCGCCGACAGGGCAAGCUAGAAGCUGCUGAGACCCUGGAAGAGUGCGCCGUGAGGUCUCGCAAGCAGAGCAACACAGGCAUCGACCCCAUCCACCAGACACGUGUGGUGGAGAUCCUGAAGGAUACAGAGGGCGACAGGCGGAGGAGCAGGGACAGUCUGACCAGCGUUAAGUAUGAGAGCGGCUCUGAGACUGGCGAGGAAGUGAGUAUGGGCGUGGAGUGGAACGGGAGCCAUCAGGAAGUCCCACCAGAUGAUCCACCUCACAGGAAGCUCAGGAAGACCUCUCUUCACUGUGGUCAAACUGCACAAAAGCACAAAUUAGUCAUUCCUGCGUGACUUAUUUUAUGAUGUCAGUGUUGCGCAUCAUCAUUAAUAGAAUAUGAGUGACAUUAUGGAAAAAAACCUAAAUGCACAACAUGCUUUUUCACAACAUGAUUUUUAGGCAUAUCUUUUUAAAAAGUUAAUCAGUGGAAUAGCUGCUCAUUCCCAGUUCUCGAUUUGGCUGCACUCAGUGAACUGUAUCUGUACCAGUCCAUCAGCUCCCUGUAGAUGCACAUUACCAUGUCCAUCCCACGAGGUUGACGAGGAAAUCCCUUGUGCAAAAUGAAAAGCUGAUUGAGUGUCUUGGCAUGCUGACCUGUUGUUUUUGACAGCAUCUGAGUGUGCUUUGGACUAGAUGUUCAAGUUUCCGUUGUUCAUUGUUUGACAAUGAAGACCUAGUGCACUGUUUUAAUAAGUGGUUGUUUUGCUGGCAAUGCUUCUGCACAAGUGGAGCGGUAACCAAAGGCACAAACUCAUUCUGCGGCACUCUGGCAACAUAUUGUAUAUGUAUUUGCUUUUUUGGGACUCAGAAUCAUACAGCCUGUCCAAUUAGGAUGCCUCAUGUUUCCACCAUUAAACACAAUUGACAAGGUUCACAAUAUCCUUGACGCUCAUCCCUCUGCACAGUAAACUGGGCAGUUGAUAUGCAACAGCUCAUCCUGCUGUUGUAUUGCCUCAUUAUAACGUCCACUCUGGCUGUGUUUGACCCAGACCAACAAUCGUUAGUGUAAUUUCACCGUGCAGCUUUUAUUUCUGCACAUCAUUUCUCUUUGGACUUGUAACCCUCUCCUCAUUAUUAAAGAGGUGGGUACUGAAAACGUGAUAUUCAGUGUAGCGGUGUUUUCAGUUAAAUAGACACUGCUAAAGCUCUGUCCCAGCUUGAAGAAGCCCUCUGGUGAUGGUUACAUAAGCCAGAGAGCGGGACUUUGUCAGCAGAGAUGCCUCAUCUGAGCCUGUGCCUCUCCCCUCACUUAAGCGCAGCCACGCCCUUCACCGCACUCACCCUGUCCAAACAUGCAUGUAGCAAUGCCAGCCUGCUGGGCUCACCCUUAACAUGAACACUAAUGGACCAUGUGAGUUCACUGUGUCUUCACAUGGUUGAGAAAUGUCUAUUAACCUGAUUUCUGCUGCUCUCUGAGUGAGUAACAUUAAGUAGAAAGGUGGGUUUUUGUUUGCUGGCUGUUGUGUGAAUGUGAAUGCUUCUCUACGCAGAUGUUCAUAUGCAUAGCACAGCUACUCAAACCGCUUCAAAAUUCACUCCAGCAAAUGCGAUGGCAUGUGUAUUCAUCCGAGUGUGCACCUGUCUGUCUUUGAAACAUGUGAUGGCAUGCAGAGGAUUGCUGGUUGCGUACAAGCAUUUCAUUAUCACAGCCACAGCAGUAGAAAUGAAAUUCACACAGUCAGAACAGCAAAUAUACUUAUGACAUUCCCAUUCUUUUCUAAGAUUGUUUCUGAAAGCUAAUUUGUCACAAAACUUUUGAGCUUUGACUAAAGAUUGUUUAACAAAAUUCCAUCCAUCCAUCCAUCCAUCCAUCUACAAAGCUGCAAACAUACUUGACUAUAACUUGACUGUCUUGUGUUUUAGAUAAUAGGCUUAUAAACUGCUCACUGCUUCUGUGUAUAUAUUUGCUAAGAGAUGAUGUUAAAGGCAUAUCAGACCUAUCACUCACCUACUGUAUAGAUUUUCCUAAAUAAGUCUUCAUUCUGCCCUCAGGAAGUCUGAUAUGUCACUGAGGCUAUAGGUGUAAGUGGUUUACAGACUCAAAAUUAGGUAUUUGAAUAAAUGCCUGCUGUUUUGUUAUUAAAUCAUUUAGAUUGGGUUAAUUGCAGUGCCACUUUACAGGAGCUCAUUUACUUAGUUUCUGUUGAACCAGUGGAUAUAGAUGACAGUGAGGAGCCGACAGCUGUCAGUAAAUUUGUGGUUGUGUUCAGGUUAAUCACUAAUAGGUAUGUGCGUCUCUUUUAAAAUGCAUGAUUUGACUUGUAUGUGUGUGUCUGUAACUGUUUUGUGCUCUCGGCUAUUUGCUUUAAUCUGCUGCCUGUUAGUUUGCAUGUUUUCAUGUUUUCAUCCUUUGGCUUUUUCCUUCUCUGUGUGUCACUAACCUACUUCCUUGUUGAUCACUCUUGCCAUGACAACCAAUCAGUCUGUCAAUCAAAUUUCCUUUUCUCACUCAGUGGAUUGUACUCUCCCUCUUGAGCUCUCAUUCCACACAAUAAGCUUGGGUGGGUUUUACGACAGUCUCAUACCCUUGUUGUUGCCAUGGUAUCAGCUAAACAGUGGCAUAGCAAAUAGGCUAGGUAAUUCGUUAAUUAGUCAUCUCUUAAGGUAAUAGGAUUUAGGACAAGUCGAGGCUAGUAUUAUUAUGUAGAAGGAUUAUGUUUCCAUCAUUCAUCAGAUACAAAUUUGACUGUAGGGAAUUCUAUACCGCUAAUGUUUACUUAGGACUUUUGAAUUCAAAAUGCUAUAGAUCAAUAUUAUUCACAACCUAAGUCCCUCUUAUCAUCAGUGUAAUGGCUAUAUGACUAUGCCAGUUUCAGUGCUGAUGCUUGCAGAUGUGUCACGUCUGCAGUGCACAGUCACUGGCUGGGUGCAGUGAGCCAAGUUCAGACUUUUUGGUACCCAGAGGGGAAAGAAAAACAGCUGAGUCACAGUGACUUCAACCACCAACCUACUGCGUCACUGACCUGUUUCUGGUUGUAGUGCAGCAAGUUUUCAGCAAGACAAACAAGCUCCUGUGCCACUGGAUUUUCACAUCAAUUUCUUUGUGUAGGAUCCCUCAUCUGGGAUUCACAGAAAACUAUAACCAUACCCCAAGCUGUAGCUGUUUAAUACAGUAAACCGGGUGCAGGACUAGUUUAUUGUAAAAAGGGAUGCAGCUCAGAUUUGCUGAUGUGUAGGUGGCUUGCGCAGAAAGCCCAACCCCAGAGCUCUUAAUCUUACAAUGUGUGCCGUUUUUGUCUUUUUGUCUUUCUCUCUCUUUCUCUUUUAUCAGGCCUAAGCCAUCAAGAUUAUUCCUCCAUCCUUCUCUCCUUCCCCAACACAAUAGCAAAAGGAUGUGUGUUGUCGUUCCCUCUGGCAAUCUCUGUCCCAACAAACCAACAGCUCCUCUACCAUUCCCGGCACCCCCUCCGGCAGAGACUCAGAAAGCCCCCUCCUGGUUAUCACUUCUAUCCCCUGUUCAACCGACAGCUGCUGGGACGUUUGGUCUUCUCAUCUCUGCUCUCUUUUCCCCUCUCUUUCUUUCACUCUCCAUCUUUUCCUCUCACUAACCCUGUGUCGUCCUCCAUGUCAGACGUUGUUGCUUCAACUCUUACUCUCACUUAACAUUGAAAAAGUCAUGUGUGUAAUCCUUCCCUGUGAGGAAGUCACUCGCACAUUUUUCCUCUUGCAAACACCCACUUGUAAUUUUUCAUAGGUACAUAAUAGAUUGAUUUGGCUGGAUCGGAGAGCAGGAAAGUUCUAAAUAUAUAUUAAUGGAAAAAGGCUAAAAAUACAGAGGAAAGCAGCCAAGACUCCAGACGUCACUCCAACCCAUAGUCAGAUAAAAAGUUACUGAUACUAUAGACUGAAUAUUAUACAAAAUUGAUCAUGUCCACAAUUGCUCUGCAUUGGUCUCACUCUGAAUUUGUCACGCUGUUUCUUGUGAAAAGAUGACCUCAAAGCUCGCUUCCAACCUGCCUGUAUUUAGCCAUAGUAGUAUCUAUCUUUUUUUUUUAAAGUUUUUAAAGAGAGGUUUUUUUCUUUUUCUCACCAUUAUGUCUGUUUUCUGUUUAAACCAAUACCUGAGAUCAAAUGCCGAAACCAUUUUGAAAUGGUACUGUAAAGUUACACUCGCCAAUCAAGAUAUUUACAAUAAUUUCUUUUGAACAUAUUCAGCCUCGUUGGCAGGAAAUGAGAAGGGAGCAUUGCCAUUUUUGUUUUUAUAGAUAUAUGUCCUAUUCAUUUUAAAUUUGUAUGAUUUUGUUUACAUUUUUUAAUGCUUUUUGAUUUUUUUUUUUUGUGGCUGAAUAUAAAGGCAGUAGUAUGUCAACAAUGCCAUAGUGUUUACCUGUUGUGAAAGACCAGAAUGCCCAGCAUCAUUUAGGCCAAAGCUGACAGCAAAUUGGUCAGAUCACAGCAAGCUGUUGUUGCCAUGGCAAUUUAUGUUCAAGUUGCUCUUACUGGCUUCCACGUCCUUGGUUUGAUAGAGUAUUCACACUGGCUCCAUGCUGGCACAAUAUGUACACAGUAGCUUGCAUUUACAAAGGGAAUCAGCAACGUUGGCUGAUGCUGUAAAGCCAGUAUAACAGCAGAGGCCAGCCAGAGCAUCUAGCACAGAUACUGGCCACCUGAAAGACUGCUAAGUAAUAAUAGAUUUCAAAAGAAUGGACUUAAAUGCCCAAAAUUGCCUUUUUAUUUUAUUUUUUUUUUUGGUCAGUGUAGGAGUGAUGUAAUCAUUUAAUUGAAGCCUGGAUUCCACAGUAGUUUUAGUGUGUAUUUGUGUAUGUUUUGGUGGUACAGUCACAGCGCCCACUCUGGCUAUGGAUACUGUAUUUUGAACACAGAGCUUAAUGGGGUGUAUUGCCUUUUUCUUACACAGUUGUUUGCAAGUAAACCUUGUCACUUUGGUGAAUCAUGUUUUUAGACACCAAAAGUACAGUGCGAGUGUUUCCUCAAGAUCCACGUUAUUUCAGAUGUUUAACUAACUGAAUGUAAAAUGACUUUAACAUCUUGGAAGUGUAAUUGUAGGCUGUAUUUAUAGAUUUGACAAGUGCAUUCACUAUACGGCUUUUCAGUAUGCUACUUGCCUUGAUUCUUCAUUCCUUCCAAUGAGUACAUCUAUACUUCUAAUGCAACUCUGAACAAAAGAAUUGACUAUGAUCAUCACAUAAUUAAGACAAUAUUGUUGUGUUAGUGGAAUGCUUAUUUAUUGAACUGUCUAUUCUUGACAUAUAUAGUGUGACUUCAGUUUCCUAAAGUGGAAGAACAUAAAUGGUAAGGUCUAUAAGCACUAUCUUUAGUAAGUAGGACUGCAUUAUAUUUACCAUUCUGCAUUGUGAAGAUUAUUGCAUCAACACUUGUUGGUAUUCUCAAAUAAAGUUUUUCAUUUGUGAA